AUGGAGGGCCAAGACAAUGCACUCGUCUCCAAGAGAUUCUGCCGUGGCUUGGCGGCCAGUGUUUUCGUCAUGUGCAAUCUGGAGCUGGAGGAUGUGCGAGCCCUUGCUCGGAAGGGCUUGGUCGAUUUGGCACACUGCAUUGGGCACAUGCAGGAGCUGACCGUAUGGCAGGAGGUUGCGGAGUUCUUGUCUUUUUGGGCUGGGGUCUUGUCAGUGGCAGUGCCGGCUUUCUCGAACGUAGAUGAUUCGGGUAGCUUUGCAUGGCCUGCUAAGUUUCCUCCGGUGGGCAAGUUUUUCGUGGCACCUCAUGAGAAUCUUCCGGUUCCAAAACUUUUGGAAAAGUUCACGAUCGAAGAAGAGGGAGACAUGUUCAACGGCCUUGUUUCUUCCAUCGACUUGGUGCAGCAGCUUCUUGUUCACGUCCCCGAGGAGCUGAGCGACUAG